ACGACGUUUUGAUCCCGCGUGUGACCUUGCCAUUCUAUAAAGUUUACACACACCAUGUGCGGCGGCGAGACCGAUGAGCGACGUACGAGGAACCAUGCUGGAUAAACUCCCGAAAAGACACAAAUUCAGGUUUUCUCAAAUCUUCGUGAAUGGAAUAGUGUUUGUUCUUUCAUUAUGUGCGUGUAUACCGAGUGGUUGGACUUACAACUUCUUUAAUUUUGAGUGUGUACUAUACGCCGACUUGUCGGUAAGUGUUGAGGAUAACAGUACUGUUGUCUUGGACUGGGCAGGGUCAACCUGGGGGAAGCCGACCCAGUGUCAUGUGGUCACGUAUGCCCCCGUGGUGGCCGCUAUACACGCCUUCAUUUGGAUCUGGUUUUAUUUACAAAUGGAGGAGUUAGACGGUAAAAUCCAAUCGCUGCCCGCCCUGUUGUUUGGCUGUGUCCUCCAUGGCUGUAUCAGCCUGGCCCUCCUCGUGUCCAGUGGGAUGCUGACGGGAGGGGUGAACAAGUUGUGUCAUAACCUACAGUCCAGGCUCCCCGCAUACAGUUGUUCCCAGUUGGAAGACAUGCAGUGGACAACACUAAAAGGAACCGAAGAGUUUUAUACCUAUAUGAAAGUGACAGAGGUGUGUACCUGGUUCAGUGCGAUCACUUCCGCCGUCUUAGCAGUUCUGAACGGAUACAGGGCAUGGAGCAUCAUCUCUCAACUCAAGCGCCGGGGCGACCCAGAAACAGGCUCAGUGCUGCUCCGCAGAGGGAGACAAUUCGGCUCCUCUCAUUUCUUUUUGGACGAAUCGUUUUCAGUUCGCAGCUUAACUGUAGAUCGGCGGACGUCAAAUAUAGUUUAAUACCGUGUUCGUAGAAGUCUUAGAAACUUAAUUAAUUUUAUUGACUCGAAAGGUUGUGCAAUAUUUGGGUUCUUUUAAGAGUUCUGAUUGUGUUUGACCCCAAGGGUCGUUGUAUGACGGGACCUUUGCCAAAAUGUUAGUGGUAGUGAAAUGAGUUUUGUGUAUUCAUCAUGUUCAUUAACAAGUCCAUUUUUACAUUAAAUAUUAUUGUUAUUUAUUUUAGUUCAUCAAAUUAAUGUUGUUUCAUUAAAAUAUUUUUUACCAUUAAUAAGUUUGUUUUUUAUUUUAAAAUAUUUCAGUAUUUUUAAAUAAAUAAAGAUAUUUA